AGACUGAGCGGGCCGGCGCGCAGGUGCCCUCGUCUGGGUGCGGCUCAGGGACCUCAUCAGGAGGCCGCCGGGUCGGCGGUGAGGCCGGGCCCUUUUGCAGGUUGGAGGGAGGGCUGCCGGGGCGCCCCUGCGCCUCGCGCACCCCACCCUCGCCUCCCCCGCGGGCCCCCGCCCAGACUUUGGGGCAAUCCAGAGCUCUCGUGCCAGAGGCCCGGACGUGUGCACGUCCUCAGGCGUUCUCUGCUAAUGCGCGCUCCGAAUGGAGGAGCCUGCGCCGCCGCCCGGGCUCCCUCCCACCCCCCGCGCUCACAGCGGUGGCAGUGGUAGCAGCCAGCUCCCUCUGGUCUGCACCGGCGUGGAGAUCUCCCGCUGCGGACAGCAGUGCUCGCCCUUUGGAGUCCUUGAGGGCACAGAGAUCCGCACCUGCACAGAGAACUCUGGGUGUCCGCAAAGAUACGAACCACCACGAUUUGGUUGUGUCCUACCUGCCUGAGCUGGAAGUCAGUCACCUGGAAAAUGUCAAACAAAACCUCAUAGAAGUCGGGACAAGAUUUAUAAAACUAAAAAGUCACCCAGUGAGAUGAUCUGUAAAUGUGCCACAGAGACCAAGGUGGCUCCCAGAUUUUGUCAGAGAAACUAAAAUAAAUCAUCUGUAACUUAA